AUGUCAUCUACUGCUCAAACUUAUUUUAUCACUGGUGGUAAUAGAGGUAUUGGAUUCGAAUUAGUUCGUCAAUUUGCCGAAUUAAAUGACAAAAACAUUGUCAUUGCAACCACCAGAUCUCCAGCCAGAUCUGGAGAAUUAGUUGAAUUAGCUAAGAAGUUCACUAAUAUUCAUGUUAUUGAUUUAGAUGUUGGUGAUGAGAAAUCAAUUGAUACUAUUGAUGCUCAAUUAGAAAAGAUUGGAAUUAAAGGUAUUGAUACAUUUAUUUCCAAUGCCGGUAUUUCAACUUCAUUAGUCCCCACUUUAGAAACAAGCAGUGACAUUUAUUUGCAGCACUAUAAAGUUAACACCUUAGGACCAAUCUUAGUUUUCCAAAAGAUUUAUAAAUAUUUAAUUGCAAAGAAAACUAGAAAGGCUAUAUUUGUUAGUUCCGCUGCUGGAUCAAUCACUAACUUUUUGCCAUUACAUACUACUGCUUAUGGUCAAUCAAAAGUUUCAUUAAACUUCUCUGUCAUUCAAUUAUCCCAAGAAUUAGCUUCUCAAAAUUUCAUUGUUAUUCCAAUUCAUCCAGGUGUGGUUGCAACUGGUAUGUCAGAGGCUGCUGCUGCCCAUAUUAAGAAAGUUAAUCCAGAAUUCUAUGACUUGGUUAAGGAUAGUAUGAUAACUCCACAAGAGAGUGCUGAAGGUUUGAUUCCUGUGAUUGAAGGAUUCAAAGAAAAGGAUACUGGUAUCUUUUACGAUUAUAAAGGUGAAGUGUUAACUUAUUAG